AUAGUUUAUCAAAAGAAGUCUUUACAAUUUGAACUAAUGUAAUCUGUGAAUAAAAUUUGAAUAAAUUAUACUGGUCUUGUUUUGAUUAGAAUGACCACAGUGAAUAAUUAGUAUUAAUAAUACUAUUUCAAUGAUCAUUAGUAUAUAGAUUUUGGCUUUUUGUACAUACACAAAUAAAGUCACUUGAUGUCUAAGAAAACUAACUUCCACAGACCCAAAUAAGUAAAUUUAAAAUUGAAUAAAAAUGUGUGAGAAGAUCAUUGAAACAAAAGAAAAAUGAGACUACCAACAGAAAUGUUAUUUUUCUAUGCAAUAGCAUGUAAUUCAUAAUCAAAGAACAUCCCCUACAAAUAAAAAGAGUCUUAAUACUUACAUGGGGCAGAAAAAUAUAAAGUGUGGAACAUAUGGUAUAAUCGUGAUAUUCAUCAUUUCGAAUGAAUAUAGUUUUUUGGCUUAUCAUAACACUCCAAUAAAUAAUCAAAAUUACCUCAUAAAAACUCCAAUGAACUCACAUAGGACAAAUAUUUAAUUUGUACGAUACAACAUGCUUGGAAUCCUAAGGAUAACACGUGUUAUUACAAACUUGAUUUCAUUUUGGUCAGCAUAAUUCUGUUUUUGUUGAAAUAAUGAAAAGUAUCCCGUAAGAACUAAAACAAUGUAUAUAAUAUAGAACCAACGUAGUGUGAAAAGUUUAUAUUUAAGGGCCACUGGUGUUCUAUAUGUCAUUAAAUAGCAAUAUUCCCACAAAUUUCAUGUUAUAUUUUCUAGUGAAUUCAUGUUAUAAAUGAUAAAAAAAUAGUCUUUCCAAUAUCCAAAAAAGUGUUCUUAGACCAAUUUAAAGCAAAAUUCCAACAUAUAGGACACAGGAUACUUUUAAGGAUGAAGUUUAUAGCAUAGAUGUAAUUGUUAUUCAGCUAAACUAUGUAAUAAAUGAGCUAGUGCAAAAUCUCUAAAUGUCUAUGUAUAAAUCUUGUGAUAAAAAAAUUGGAAACUGUGUUCCGAUCAGUUUAUCAAUUCAGCCUUUAGUAAGGCUUUUCAUGUAAAAGUAAAAAAAAGUAAAGUAAAAAUAUCUUAUUUUAUCAGGCGAAGUUAGAACUAAGAAACCCUCUCUAACACUUAAGCUGGGUACAAUGGCUUAAAUGUGACUUCUGAACCACCACAUACGGAUAUGAAUUGGUAUUUUAAAAUUCUGUUGUAGAAACAAAAGAUUUUUAUGAAAUUUAGAUAGUAAUUGACAUACUUCUAUACCCAAGCAUGUGGGGUAACACCUUAGGCUAUAUUGUAGGCAAACACUUAAUAAAAUAGUAAGAAUUAAAAGUAAUAUUAAUGAUACAAAUGAACAGCAGCUUUCAUCUCCUGCAUGAAACGUUCAUUGAUUCAUUAAUUAAAAAUUGUUUUUACUAUUGAAUUAAUUAUUUUGUAAAUCAUGCAUCUCAAAGUGUAGGGGCUUGUAGAUGUUUGCUAAAUUCUGAAGACUGAUAUUGGGAGUGUCAUAAGUAUUAUGUGCGAACAGUUAGACAGACAGACAGCUGAUUGUAAGCUGGGUGUGUUAUCUAUAGUGUCUGCAAGUGCACAAUCUAUCCUCAGUUAUCUGCUCUCAUAGUCUCAGAUCACAUCACUUGCUCUUCAGCUCUUCAAUCGUUUAUGUCCAUGGUGAGAUUCUGUUUUGAUGGAAGUGCAGAAAGCAACAGUCUGUCUGUUGAUUCAAACAAUGACCAAGUUUCUAAAAUUCCUUCAUCAAAGGAACCAGUUCUAAAGCGGAUAAACCGCAGAGGAUCAGAGUGGGAGAUUGUUGAAGGCCUGAAGGAUGGCCAGAGAUUUGACAAAAAACCAGAGGUCUUCACGGGAUACUUGCACAAGAAGCGGAAAUGGCCUCUCAAGGGUUGGCAUAAGAGGUAUUUUGUGCUGGACAAGGGGAUUCUGGUAUACGGCAAGAGUCCGGGAGAUGUGGCCAGAGGCAAGAUCCACGGCUCAGUUGACAUCGGCCUGUCUGUAAUAUCCACAAAGAGCAAACGGAAACGGCUAGACAUUGACGCAGAAGAGUUCAUACAUCACCUCAAAGCGAAGCAAUAUGACGUAUUCCAACAAUGGGUACAGCAGCUUAAGCAGCACCGUCUGUAUCGGCAGCACCUGCUGACCUAUGGUACUCGGGAGGCAUUGCUGAGGAACACAGAUGACGAAAAGAAUACCCCCAAUAAUGUCCACCGCAACAAUCACAAAUCUUCGGAAGUGCGCACACCUCCACCAUUGCCACGCCUGGCUGCUUGGUUACUUGAAGCCAGUCCACCCCUGGAGCUGGCUGCACGAGACCUCACACAGGCACAGCAGACUCUCGCGCAGCUCACAAGACUGUUAGAGCAACUAGAGACCAGUUCCCAACCGGACUCAGAGAUGUCUGUGGCUGAUGGGUUCUCUCCUAAUGUGAAGAAGGAUCGUAGGAAGUUCGGACUACGGAAGAAGAAGAGUGGGAAGGGUAGUUCGGUAGACCUCAACGCCAGCAGCAGCCCCAACAAGACUGUGGAUAACGAGUCCUCAUCACCUCUCUCUACUUGUUCGUUCAGCGGUGGUCUGUCCAUUUCACCUGCUAGUGCUGUGCUGAGCUGUAGUAACCCCUCACUGCCCACUGCGGGGGUAGCUCGGCCACAGUCUCUACCUGCGGGAGACCACUUGUUCCCUCCUCUGGCCCCCACAACCUCUGCUCCCCCGCCUGACAACCAGCUCCAUUCUGACUUCACUGUGCUUGCCAGAGAAAUCCACUCGAGUCUCAAGUCCAUCCUGUACACAUUAAGCACAGAGAGAGAGAGGCUUAAGAGUGCUCUCGAGGCAGAGGGAGGAGGGGGAGGAGGUAGCAAUGCAGUUAUUGCAGCGUUACGCAAUACCCUGCACCAAACGCUGCAGCAAAACAGUGACCUGCGCGCGCGACUAGGCCGCAUCCACGAAAGCUCCGAUCUCAGCGACAUCUCUGAGACUGUUUAUGAUUGCUUUCAGAAACCGUUGCACCAAUCACUAUCCUACAGCUCAUCCUGCAUUAGUGCCUCAGAGUUCUUUGAUGCAGAGGAGUACCAGAGCAAUGGGGUGGGUGGUGGAGAGGGUGGGGCCGGGGCUGGAGGCGGUGCUAGUGACACAUCUAGCGAGGCGGGCUCACUCACCAGCGAGGAGGGCUCUGUGUCCAGUGAGAACAGUGAGAUGGGUGGCUCCGAGUACAAUCCCACACAGACAUUGAGUGUGAGCUCAGGAGGGGGAAAUAUGACUGGGCGUCGCACCAAGUUGCCGGCUGCAAGACCUAACACUGAAGGUCUUUCCUUGUGGAAUCUCUUAUGUAAAAACAUCGGCAAAGACUUGUCACAGGUGUCAAUGCCGGUAGCGCUCAACGAACCUCUCAACAUGCUACAGAGAUUGUGCGAGGAGCUUGAGUAUAGUGAACUGCUGGACAAGGCUAGUGAACUGUCGGAUCCAUACGAGAGGAUGGUGUACGUGGCAGCCUUUGCUGUCAGUAGCUAUGGUUCAUCAUACUUCCGUGCAGGCUCCAAACCUUUCAAUCCACUGCUGGGCGAAACGUAUGAAUGUAUCCGGGAGGACAAGGGAUUUCGUUUUGUAGCUGAACAGGUGAGCCAUCACCCACCAGUAAGUGUAUGCUAUGCAGAGAGUCGGAAUUUCAUAUUUUGGCAGGAUGCCAGGAUUAAAACAAAAUUCUGGGGAAAGUCCAUGGAAUUUCAACCAACAGGCUAUGUCCAUGUGAAGUUGGUGAGGCCAGGUGGUGAGGGACAUGACUGGUAUCGCUACAACAAGGUGACUACCUGUGUACACAAUCUGUUCAGUGGGCAGCGAUGGGUAGACCAGUACGGUGAACUCAAGAUCAGCUCUGGCAACAUCACCUGCAAGCUGACAUUUGUCAAGGCUAGCUACUGGUCAGCUAAAAGGCACGAGGUACACGGAGUGGUAGUGGAUGAGGAUGAAGGCAAGGUGGUCCGUAACCUGUUCGGCAAGUGGAGUGAGGCCUUGUACUGUGGAGUGGCCCCAUCUGCCAAGUGCAUCUGGAGACCAGGUACAAUGCCGGAGGACUACGAGUUGUACUAUGGCUUCACCAGAUUUGCCAUGGAAUUAAAUGAACUCAAUCCUGAAGCAGCCAAGUACUUGCCCAACACUGACACUAGGUUCCGUCCUGACCAAAGGUUGCUUGAGGAAGGUAAUCUGAAUGGAGCCGAGGCCAUGAAGAUGCAGCUGGAGCAGGCGCAGCGUGACAGACGCAAGCGUAAUGAGCAGCAGGGAGUCUCCCACGAGCCCCAGUGGUUCACGUAUGUGUUGAAAUCUGUGGACAAUGGUGGUGAGGAGACCUGGGAGUUCAACCACAAGUACUGGGAAGUGCGCAAGUCCCCGGGAUUCGUUAAUCUCAAUAUUGAGCCUCUCUGGUGACCCCAGUUGGUGCUCUCGUAGUCGCAUUGUAACAUAAGUUCCAGUAUUGUAACUUGUAAAUAACUACUCAAUAACAAUGUCAUAGAUUUUUAAUUCUUUUCAAUCCAUCUAGCUAGCAAUAUUGUAAAUGAAAUCACAUAUCUGCAAUUAUUUUCCCCUCAACUGCGUAUUUUGUUUAGAAAUCAUUUUUGCUCUGCAGCUUGAAAAGAAAAUUUGAUCUGGGAAUAUUUUAUAAAUAUUUCAUGUGAUGGUUUGACAUAAAUUAAUAGACAAAUUUUUGAUAUGUGUCGAA